AUGGACGCAGUGGCUCUGGCGCAGUCUAUUCUUGACUGCGGCGACAGGGCGGUGCUGCAGGUGCUGUCGCUUGCGCCCGGGCUGCCGCCCGUCUCCGCCGAGACGCCUGUUGCGGAAGCGCGGCGAAAUUACAUGCGUCUUGCCGGGUUGGUUCACCCUGACAAACUGCAGGGCCGCUUCCAGCGCUCGACGGAGGUGUUUCAGAAGCUGGUGCGCGCCUUCGAGCUGGUGGCGGACCCAAAGCACCGCAAACAGCUUCUCGCGCUGCAGGCGAAGGAGACCAAGAAGCAGGCCGGCAAGCAGGCACAGCCACCACCGCAGCCGAAGGAGACGCGGCUCACGAAGCAAGCGAGGCAGGUGGCCGCGCUGAAGGAGGCAGCCACGGUGCAGUCUGCUGCCAAGGGCCCCAAGGCGAAGCCAAAGCGAGCAGCACCCAAGGAAAAACGGCCAGCUAAGCAAAAACGUGCCACAAGAGACGACGACGAUGAAUUUAUUGACUAUGACGAGGAAGCAGAGGAAGAUGAGGACGAGGAUGAGGAUGAGGAUGAGGAUGAGGACGCGAGUGUCGACCUCGACGAGGAAGAUAUGGAACUCGAGUUUGCGGACAAGGAGCCGAGCGUGUCUACGAGCCGCGCCCUCCUCGGCACCCGGCGCACCGGCGGCAUCUACCGCGAUACCACGGUUCGCUGCCCACAGUGCCGCACUCCCUGGACGCCCGACUCCAAGCAACACUAUUCCCUCUUCAUGGGGCCUGCAGGUAAAAAAGUGCACUGCGAAACGUGUCUUUGCCGGUUUGGCUGUGCUACGGCUCUGCACGCCUGCCCAUACUGCCAGCACAGCUUCGACUAUGAUGCCACCAUGUACGACACCGUCAUGCAGUGCGAGGGCUGUCGCAAGACGUUCGGGUUUCCGUACUACCCGGUGAAUCAGCAACUUAUUGACCAGGUGAAGUUCGACGAGUGGCGCGAGCAAACGGAGCGGGAAAAGGCCCGUGAACGCGAGGAACGGGCGGCGAGACGACGAACUACGGACGACAGCGCAUCGGAGGAGUUUCAUACUCUCGUUGGGGAGUGUAUUGUGAACGAGACAUGCCCGCUUUGCAAGCGCACCAUCACCGCGCGACACCGACAACACGUUGAGGCGUGCUUGAAAAAUAAAGGAACAGGCAACACCGUUUCAAUGGCAACGCCGAAGGCGGCCGUGACGCAGAAGCCGACACGCAAAAAGGCGGCUGUGGUGAAGAAACCCAGCACCCGCAGGCCAGCCUCGAAACCGGCGAAGAAGGCAAAAAAAACGCCGUCGUGA